AUGAGGCCCAAUCGCCUUGAAAGGCAUUUGAAGCAACAACAUCCUACUGUGGUUUUGAAGACGAAAGAGUUUUUUUCUUCAAAAGCAGGAUCACUCAAGCGGAUGAGACUGGAUAAAUCGGGAAGUUAUCACACAGCUUCCAAUGAUCCACUUGCGAAAUCAACAACUCCCGCAACAGGUCGCGUAACUAGGCCAACUGCACCUUUGCCUAAUCCCUUGAAAAAACCUUCCACUCCUUGCUCUUUGGCACCAGUCACUGGUUUUCUGUUGCCAAUGACUCAAACUCAAUGGUGA